AUGCGGGCGCCGCUGUUCGGGGACGCUCCGGGCGGCGAGCGUCCCUCGCGUGGCAACCGCGAUUCCUCGUCUCGACAUGGUAGCGACAGCUCCGGGUGGCUCUCCGGGACGGCGACGCGGAACACCGCGCUAGUGAGCUGCGCGUUCCUGCUCAUGCUCGCCGCGAUGGGGCAGAUGGGCACCGAACGCGAGUGGAACUCGGGGCUCCGCGAGAUGGUCCGAAGUCGGAUCGAGGCGGCGGGGUUGGCGUCCGCGGUGAGGCAGGUGCAGACGUUGGAGGAGAUCAGCGACGGCGCGGCGCACCGCGGGGAGCGAGGGAUGCGCAGAGGGGGCACGGGGACGGAGAGGGGAAGCGCACCCCCGCCCCCGAAAAUCUUCGACAUCAAGCUCAGGGGCGAGGAGGAUGGGGACGCGGAGACGCGUCGGGGAAGCGUAAAGUCCGAGAUCAUCGAAGUGAAGACGACGCUCGCCCCGCCGCCGCCAUCGUCCCCCGAUGAACCCGUCGCGUCCACGACACGAGCGAGCCCCGUUUCGGAGGCGAAGGUCAAAACGCCAAACGAGCAGGAGGUCGGCCGCGGCGAGACGGAGGGUGGAGACGGCAAGGCCUGGUUCGACGAUCCACCGGCGAACGCCGUCGCCGGCGACGAGACGCCGGCAGCUGAAGCCCCGGACGCGGACCUGGGGAAGACAAAGGGAAGCGAGCUCGCGACGACCGAGGCGGCUUUCGCGAGGUUCAAUCGCAUCCGACGCUUAGAUGAGCGGCUCGGCGCCGCGUGCGAACCGUGCUUUGGCGCCGCGUUCGAGCGACACGCGAAGCUUUACGAGGAUAAAACGAGGGUUCUGGUGCUGGAGGGUCGGUGGGAUAACGGCCUCGGGAACAACAUGGAGCGGUGGCGCGCGCUCUUCUCGUUCGGCGAGUCCGCCGGGUGGGCAGUGUACGUGGACGCGGGGGGAUGCGGCGCCGGGACGGGGCGACCGGACGGCGGCGAGAACUGCCACUUCGACCCCGGGCACUACUUCACCGGCGACGGGUUCGACUGGCGUUGGCACCCGGCGCGGGAAAAGGAGUUCGACGCACUGUUCGGACGCGAGACGCCCAUGCGAACGUUCCAUCACAUGUGUCGCAAAGAUCACGAGAACGCCCACCGCAGGGCGUGCCAGCUCACGGAGCACGGUUGGCCGUCCAACGCGGAUUCGGCGAAGAUCCAGCCAAACGCCGUGGGGCACAACGGCUACGAGGAGGACCCGGGCGGCGGCGAGCCCGCGCAGAACGACGCGUGGCUGCACGAGUGGCUGAACAGCGACGAGGUGUUGGGAUGGCGCUACGUCAAGCUCAAGCUGCGGACGCCGUACGACUUGCAGAACGAGGCGGAGGCGAGCGAGGUGCGCGACUACGGCGCGUGCGAGAUUGACGGCGAGAAGGUCGAGGGCGAGGUCGAGGGGUUGUUGCUGGCGAGGAAGUGCAGGGCGCAGCACUUCUUCAGGCCCACGAGAGCGCUGAUGAGGGCCAUGGCGCCGGUGUUGAGGCAGAUGGACGCGUGGGCUGGCGUCGCCGCUGUUCACAUCCGCACCGGGUUCGCGGACUGGCAGGAGUAUUGGCUCACGAAGGUCAAGCCGAAGGAUUCGACGGAGAUUGCGGCGAUGGAGGGUAAGUACUCGUGCGAUCCGACCGCCAUCGUCAGGAACCUCGGCGCGGUGUUCAGGCAGUGCAACGGACGGUACGACGAGCAGGUGUGCACCAACUGGUGGAACCUCCCCGACCGAAUCGAGAGGGUUGAAGGGGAUUCUCCGAGAGGUCCGACGUCCGAGGACGCGCUCGUGGGAUGCGGCGACCUCCCUCCCGAGCGGGACGAGGCGCGCGGCGAGGUCGAGGACGAGGGCGCGGUCGCCGCGGCGGCGACGUGCGCGGCGCGCCUCGCGAAGGCGGCGGCGGGUGGCUCGGACAGAUGGGGCGUCUUCGUCCUCGGGGACUCCCCCGCGGUCAUCAAGGCGCUCGCCAGGAUCCCGUCGCUGAAAGGCCGCGUCGCGUAUCAGCGCGACGAAGACGUCGUGGGGGUGACGUUCAGGCCGGCGCAGUGCGACGGCGCGGGUUGCGUCGGCGCCGGUCAUUCGCUCGACGAGGACAGAGUCGGCGAGGACAAGGAGGAGGAGGAGGAGGAGGAGGAGGAGGAGGGUAACCGCGCGUGGAUGCGUGCGGUGGUGGACAUGUACGUCGCGUCUUUAGCCGACGCGGACGUUCAGCUACCCGGGAGCUCGUUCAUGAGCUCGGGUGCCCUCGGGCUCAGCGUGACGAACGUUCGAGCCAACGCUCUCGGGUUCGGCGGCGAGGUGGUGAUGGACCAGACGGUGACGCCGAUCGGGGAGACGAAGGAGCGCUCCGCGGGAUUCCACGAGAACUACGAGAACUACGUGUUGCUCUCCGCGUCGCACUGCGAGUUCGACGAUGAACGAGGCGGCGGCGGAGGCGGCGGCGGCGUUUGA